AGGAGGGACCCGACACAUUACACUAGCAGUAUCAGCGAAUCAGUGUAUGUGCAUGCGUGCAUAUCAGUCUUUCUCUGAAUUUCCCGUAAAUCUGACGCUCAAUAAAUAUCGCGACACUUUAAGAAAAUCGACAAUCAUAAACAUGUUUAUCCGCACAACCGAUCUCGCGAUACUUCGGCUAACGAUCGUAUUAGCAUGCAUAUUCGCGAAACCGGUGUUUCCCUACGUGCUACCAGUUCCGACCUUCGAAGUACUAAGGCCGCAAGGUCUUCGAGUUUCUAUACCUGAUUCACCGGGCUUAAGAUUAUUUGGAUUCCACGCUAAUAAAAAUAAAGCAAUUCACGCUAACGAAUACGGCGAGGUCGCUGGUAAUGUUUAUUUAGCGACAAACGACCGCUGGAUUUUCGAAGAUACGGAAGUGACCAUAAAAAGAGAUGUACUUCAUUAUUGGAUUUAUGCGCAAGUGGAUGGGAACAAACACACAAGUAACAUCCAGACGUGGACGCAUUCCCUGAAAAAUCCAGGAACUGACAGUGAAGAAACUAUACGGGGUUCUACUACAUCAAGAUAUGAAAUUCCGCCCGCUCAGCUAUUGUUCGAGGAUAAUUUCAAUUUUUUCAACGCGUCAUUAUGGAAACGCGAAAUAAAGAUGCCUCUAUCCCCGGACUAUGAGUUCUGCGUUUAUCACAAUGAAAACCAUCAGCAGCUCGUGCAAAUUGACGAUGGUCGAUUAUUGAUAAAGCCAAUUAUAUUAGAGGAUUCAUAUGGUGAGAACGCGACUGCAUAUGGAUUAUUACAACUCAAUAGGUGUACUAGCACAGUUUCUUACGAAUGUUCGCGACACGCAUUAUCCUAUAGCAUUCUACCGCCCAUUAUAUCCGCGCGUCUUACCACGAAGGAGAGUUUCGUUUUGCGGUCCGGAAGAAUCGAGAUACGUGCGAGAUUUCCUCGGGGCGAUUGGCUAUAUCCAGAAAUGUGGCUCGAGCCAAAAUAUUUCACGUAUGGUGCGAAUUAUGCCAGUGGCCGAGUUCUUUUGGGUAUGACGCGCGGCAAUGAGAACCUGGUGAAUGCCACGGAUGUUUCGAAAAUUUAUGACGCUCGAAGAUUGGAUUUUGGUAUAAGAGUAGGCCCACCUUCAGACGUUCGGGAAAUACUCGUGUCGAAGAUGCAUGAAUUCGGACCGCGAUGGACGCGGGAUUUCCACAUAUACACGACGAUCUGGACCAGCGAUGGCUUCACGUUUUUGGUCGAUGGCGAAGAAAUUGGCCGGGUGAGACGACAAAAAGGAUGGAUGAGUAGUUCCAACGCAGGCAGAAAAAAUGCUCCAUUUGAUCAAGAGUUUUAUAUUACCCUUGGCGUCGGUGCGGGUGGAGUACGUGUAUUUCCGGAUAAUACGCUCAGUUCCGGAUUGCCAAAACCAUGGACAAAUCUAGGUGCUAAGGUAUGGAUCCUUAAAAACGUGACUGUUAUUUUAAUAAUCUUCAUUUGGGCUCGUGAUUCUUUGGCGGGUUGUCAUCGUUCAAGACGCUCAAACAACGAAUACAUACUGCACAGAUGCACAGCUACUGCGGAAUUAAUUAGGAAACACAGGAACAACGGGGAAGGUGUGAGCUCGCGUAAAACCGAGGACUCGUCUUCUCGGUUGCAAAUACAGCAGAGAGAUCCUGAGAUUUUCUCGGCGACGAUUCUAAUGGACGCUUCUCAAUCCGAGACUCCGAGUGGUGUUUAUCGACGUAUGACCCAUAUGAGACGACGCGGUAGCGGACACGCACGUCGAAUCACUGGCAAAUAUUUGGCAGAUACACCUCUCAGGACUCUCAAUAUAGAUGUACCGCAAGGUAAACCGUCGGCCUUCAAGAAGAAGAACCCGUUGCCGGAACUUGCGCACGACGUAUCCGGCAGAAAAAUCGACUCGUCGCCGCGUGUAAUAAUCAUCAAACCUGUAACUUAACACCCUUCUGACAACGCUUGAUUUAUGAAAAAUUUGAAUUUAUCGCGGAGAUUGACGUACAAUUAAUUGUAAUAAUUUAGAUAAAUUCGCGCUGCACUUUUUUUGUCGUAACAAUUCAUCCAAAAAAUUACCGUUUAAUAAUAAAAUGUAAGAGAUUAUUUUUGUCGUCACUAAACUUUCGAAUAUU